GCCGUGCAAUUCUCAGGGGAACCAACCCUAAUACCCAAGGGCGGCUGGAAGGCGUGUCCUCAGGACCACAGUUCUCAUUGGUUUCACUGCUCGCUUUGGGGCGCGCUGGUGCAGCCGCUGCUGUUGCUCAUUGGCCCAUCGAUUCCAUGGGGUGGAACUUGGCUGGGCCUAAACUCAAUCCGCGGUCUGGGACUGGGUUCAGGGCAAAGCUGCCAUGCGUUCCGGGGGCCGCGGGCGGCCCCGCCUGCGGCUCGGGGAACGUGGCCUCAUGGAGCCACCUUCGCUGCCGAAGCGCCGCCUGCUACCGCGGGUUCGGCUCUUGCCCCUGUUGAUGGCGCUGGCCGUGGGCUCGGCCUUCUAUACCAUUUGGAGCGGCUGGCACCGCAGGACUGAGGAGCUGCCGCUGGGCCGGGAGCUGCGGGUCCCGUUGGUUGGAAGCCUCCCCGAAGCCCGGCUGCGGAGGGUGGUGGGACAACUGGACCCGCAGCGUCUCUGGGGCACUUAUCUGCGCCCUCUGCUGGUUGUGCGAACCCCAGGCAGCCCGGGAAAUCUGCAAGUCAGAAAGUUCCUGGAGGCCACACUGCGGUCCCUGACAGCAGGCUGGCAUGUGGAGCUGGAUCCCUUCAUGGCCUCGACGCCCCUGGGGCCACUGGACUUUGGCAAUGUGGUGGCCACGCUGGACCCGGGGGCUGCCCGUCACCUCACCCUCGCCUGCCAUUACGACUCGAAGCUCUUCCCACCUGGGUUGACUCCCUUUGUGGGGGCCACAGAUUCGGCUGUGCCCUGUGCCCUGAUGCUGGAGCUGGCCCAGGCACUUGACCUGGAGCUGAGUAGGGCCAAAGAACAGGCAGCCCCGGUGACCCUGCAGCUGCUCUUCUUGGACGGUGAAGAAGCACUGAAGGAGUGGGGACCCAAGGACUCCCUUUAUGGCUCCCGACACCUGGCACAGCUCAUGGAGUCUAUACCUCACAGUCCCGGCCCCACCAGGAUCCAGGCUAUUGAGCUCUUUAUGCUUCUUGAUCUCCUGGGAGCCCCGAAUCCCACAUUCUACAGCCACUUCCCUCGCACACUCCGCUGGUUCCAUCGGCUGAGGAGUAUUGAGAAGCGUCUGCAUCGUUUGAACCUGCUGCAGUCUCAUCCCCAGGAAGUGAUGUACUUCCAACCUGGGGAGCCCAUUGGCUCUGUGGAAGACGACCACAUCCCCUUCCUCCGAAGAGGGGUCCCCGUGCUCCAUCUUAUCUCCACGCCCUUCCCUGCUGUCUGGCACACCCCUGCAGACACCGAGGCCAAUCUCCACCCGCCCACGGUACACAACUUGAGCCGAAUUCUCGCCGUGUUCCUGGCCGAAUACCUGGGGCUCUAGUGAGCUGGCCCAAUGCCUGUGGAGAGGACUGUGAGAGAGAAGGUCCUGGUGCGGGACCAGUGGCUCUCAGGCAGGACCUGCCUAGGGGAUGCUUGCUUGUCCUUUUCACACCUUUGUUUCCAAAUUGUGCUACAAUUGGAAGACCUUCUUUCUUUUGAUUGUCUCAAGCUGCCACCCUUCAAGGACAGGGAAGAGACCAUUGUAGGGUGACAGCCAGAGGAAUAAGAACUUGGCCCUCCCCAGAGGUAAAUACUUGGUCUGAAGGUUUACAGGGGCCAAAUGCUGUUGUUCUAGUCUGUGAACUAAAAAAGUAAAAGACUUCAGGGCGCGCUAGCUCACACCCAUAAUCCCAGCACUUUGGGAGGCCGAGGCAGGUGGAUCACGAGGUCAAGAGAUCGAGACCAUCCUGGUCAACAUGGUGAAACCCUGUCUCUACUAAAAUACAAAAAUUAGCUGGGUGUGGUGGCGGGUGCCUGUAGUCCCAGCUACUCCGGAGGCUGGGGCAGGAGAACUGCUUGAACCUCGGAGGCAGAGGUUGCAGUAAGCUGAGAUCGCACCACUGCACUCCAGCUUAGUGCCUGGCAACAGAGCAAGACUCUGUCUCAAAAAAUAAAAAUAAAAUAAUUGAG